AUGGCUAUCAUCAGGUUCACUAAUUGCAAACUUUGCGACGAAGGUCAACUUAUAGAUCAUGACCUUUAUAUCUGCACCAGGUCGGGUCAAAUAGUAGAACCGAGAUUAAGUAUAGAUAGAGUUGUGGAUCUACACGGAUUAAUUAUAGCCCCGGGUUUCAUCGAUCUUCAGAUCAAUGGUUGUUUUGGAUUUGACUUCUCUCAUUAUUCUACAGACGAAAAUUACGAGGCCGGUUAUGAUAAAUGUCUUAAGAGAUUGGUCAAAACCGGUACCACUUCUCUUUGUCCCACAAUGAUUACCUCGACAGCUCAGAAUUACAGCAGAAUUCUUCCCUUCUUAGGAAAGGAAAAACGGAGUGACCGAACGGAAAGUUUAGGUGCUCACUGUGAAGGGCCCAUCAUAUCCAAAAAGAAAAAGGGUUGUCAUGAUGUUAGAAACUUGAAGAGACCUUCCAGUAAGGAAGAAUUCUAUCAGGUAUAUGGAGGCCAGAAGACUUUCCAGUAUAUGAAGAUUAUUACGGCAGCUCCUGAAUUGGAAGGGUUUCUAGAGCUAAUUCCGGAAAUUACUGGUAAUAAUGUGGUAUAUUCUAUUGGUCAUACUAUGGCCACUUUUGAGCAGUCGUUGGCAGCCGUUAAAAAUGGAGCCACUAUGAUUACUCAUAUGUUUAAUGCCAUGCCUCAACCACACCAUAGAAAUCCCGGUCCAAUUGGUCUCGAAGGACUUGAAGAUGAGGGAAUGUGUCCGUAUUUUGGAUUAAUAUCUGAUGGUAUUCACAUUCAUCCUACCUAUAUUAACAUCAUUUACAACUCAAACAAGGAAAGAUGCUGCCUUGUCACCGAUGCGAUGAAUUUAAUAGGACUUCCAGAUGGUGAAUAUCCUUGGGAGGAACGGUUUGUCGUUAAGAAAGGUCGUUCUUUGAUUUUGAAAGGUACCGAUACCAUUGCCGGUUCCGCUACAGAGCAGGCCCAAUGUAUGAGAAAUUUAAAGAAAUGGUGUGACAUCGGACUAGCCGAAGCUGUGAAGUGUGUUACAAACCAUCCCGCUAAAUGUGCUCACGUAGAUGACCAUAAAGGUUUUCUCAGAGUUAAUUACGAUGCAGACUUGUGCGUCAUCGACAAAGAUGGUAACGUGAAGCAGGUUUACAAGCUCGGUAAAAAGGUGUACGACGAAAGAGAAGACAUCCUUAGAGGACAUUUAUAG